AUGAGAGGGACCUUGAAGUCCAUAGCUGACAAAUUUGGAGCGGCCGUGAAGAACAAAGCCACAGAAGCAAUCAAUGAAGGAUCUUCGUUCGUUUCCAAGAAUGCCGAAUCUGCUUACAAAACUGGAAAGUCAGCCGCAAUGGAAACGGCUCGAACAGCUUCAAAGGGGGCCUCGGGGUCUUUUGACAGGUUCUAUAAGCAAGGCAAAGAUGCUACUUUAAGCCAGGUCACAGCAGCAACUACGAAGGCAUCUCAUGUCGUGAGAGAUGCUUCGUCAAGUUUUGCGUCCUCAGCUCGAGAUGCUUCUGUUAGUAUGGCUUCUAGUGCAAAAGAAGCAGCAAAAGAAGCUGCCGUUGAAGCAAAGAUUGAGGCGAAACGAGGAAUUCGUUGGCUCCUGGUUUGGUCACUAGCGGCAGUCGGUGUGUAUGGCGUGGCCACGACUGUCUCCAAGGAACUUGUUCGGCACGCUCUGGUAGGAACAAAGAGGGAAGAUCAUAUGAUUGAAAACAAGCAGUCAAAGCAGUCUCGGGAAAGAGGUGCGCCGGAAAACAGUGGCAGAUGGUCAUGGCUAUCGUUAAGCGAACAGAAACCACCAGAGCAGUCUAGCGAAGGAGAUGCUUCAGGGAGUGGCGGUAGAUGGUCAUGGGCAACAUGGGGAGGAAGGCCCAGUUAA